AUGUCUGCUACCGACAAUCUCGAAGAUGAGCUCAGAGUUAUCCAAGAAGAAACCGAGAAGGCUAGAGAGCAGCUCGCAAUUCAAGAGCGUAAAUUGAUGAUGCCUAUCUGGGAGAAACGUAGAGAGAUUGUAAAGAAGAUCCCCAACUUUUAUGCUACUGCUCUUGGAAACACCAUUUUUGGUAUGUCUCCUACUGAAGAUGAUAUUGAGGCAUUAGAAAAUUUGACUGACUUCCAUGUCGAAUUUGAUGAAAAGAGACCCAAUUAUCGUAAAUACAUCGCUAAAUACAAAAAGAACGGCGUCUUCAAGAACGAAGUCUUGACCAAGGAGCUUAUCCUUGACCCCGAAUCAAACGGAUCUGUCAUUUCCAAGUCUACUAUUGACUACCAUGAAGGCAAGGCAAAGUCCAACAAGCGCAAGGCUGACGAUGAUGAUCAACCAAUGCCUCUCUUUGAAUGGUUUGCUUCCGAUGACGUUCAAACCGGUGUCUAUAUCUCAGAGGAAGUAUUUCCUAACCUUCUUGAAUUCUAUACUGGUCAUGAAGAGACUGAUGAUGAAAAUGAAGAAAUCGAAUUAAACUCUGAAGACGAAGAAGAUGAAGAAGAAGAAGAAGAAGAGAAACCCAAGUCUAAGAGAGCCAGAAAAUAA